AUGAACGUUUUCUUGCUGGUCGAGGAGGCGGCAGCCCCUGGUUCUAAUGCCCUGAACUUGUUGCUCUUCCACAACUUUGUCUUUGCGGCUGAAUCCGUCCAGGAUUCGCCCUGCGCCCUCCCUGCAAACGGGGUUGCUGGAGCAGCGCUGGCCCGGGCUGGGGGAGAGGCGCGGAGGGAGGCGGCCCUGGCCAUCCUCAGCUGUGACCAGUGCCCGGCACGGGGCCAUGCCCGGGUGUUAAUCCUGGGGGACAGCGAGGAGCUCCCGCAAGGAGACCUUCAGUUUGGGGAACGCUCUGCCUCCAGAGCACGGCGUUUGGGGACAGAGGAACCGGAGUUAAAGGACAUCCCAGUGCAGUUACUGGUGCGGGUCCCAGUCCGGCAGCUGGAGCUGCUGCUGCAGGACAGAUGGCAGUGGGAUGCGGGAGAGUCAGCGGUCUUCAACGAAGACGGCACGGUGCGCUACUUCAUCGAUGCCAGCCAGGAGGACCACCGCAGCUGGAUGACCUACAUCAAAUGUGCCCGGAAUGAGCAGGAGCAGAACCUGGAGGUGGUCCAGAUCGGGAACAGCAUCUUCUACAAGGCCAUUGAGAUGAUUCCCCCGGACCAAGAACUGCUGGUCUGGUACGGGAACUCCCACAACACCUUCCUGGGUAUCCCAGGCGUGCCGGGGCUGGAAGAGGAGCAAAAGAAGAACAAACAUGAGGACUUCCAUGCAGUGGAGACGGGGGCCAGCACGACGGGGCGCAUGCGCUGCGUCAUCUGCCACCGCGGCUUCAACUCCCGCAGCAACCUGCGCUCCCACAUGCGCAUCCACACCCUGGACAAGCCCUUCGUGUGCCGCUUCUGCAACCGCCGCUUCAGCCAGUCCUCCACCCUCCGCAACCACGUCCGCUUGCACACCGGCGAGCGUCCCUACAAGUGCCAGGUUUGCCAAAGUGCCUACUCCCAGCUCGCCGGGCUGCGGGCACACCAGAAAAGCGCCCGCCAUCGGCCCCCCAACGCCUCCCUGCAGGCUCACUCGCCGGCCCUGCCCGUGCCCCAUCCCGCCUCCCUGGCCCAUCACAUCCCCACCAUGGUGCUGUGA